AUGGAGCAAACCAAGGCCCUCAACGCUCUCGAGCCCUUUCUCGCUCUCAGCAAGUCCGCAACUUCUCCACGAGCAGCAUCGGACUUGAUCAUGCAAGCCACCAGUGCGCCAAACACAUAUGUCUUCGCCGAAUUAUUGCAGACACCCAACCUCCAGAAGCUACGGAGCUCGGAAGAGUACGCCUCGUCUCUUACUCUGCUCGAGAUCUUCGCCUGGGGAACUUGGGAGGACUACAAAGCUCAUCCAAAUCUCCCAAAACUCUCAGCACAGCAACACCAGAAGCUCCUGCUACUCUCGCUACUGCCGCUUUCACACUCCCACAACACCCUUACCUACAAGCACCUCAUGACAGCUCUUGAAUUGCCUACCACACGCGCUCUCGAGGAGCUCAUUACCACUGCCAUCUACUCCGGCCUCAUUACCGCCACACUCGACCCCGCACACUCGCUUGUUUCUGUCACAUCCAUCUCACCACUCCGCGACCUCGCACCAGGGUCACUACCCACCCUUCAGAAUACCCUGCAAUCGUGGUCACAACGUUGCGAUUCAGCGUUAGCAGAUCUGGAGGCACAAGUUGCCAAGGUAAAGAAGGAGGCGUUGGACCGAGAAAAGAUGCGUCGGAAGAAGGAGCGAGCAUUCGAGGCAGUCAUGCAGGCCAGUGACGAGAAGAAUAAUGGCAAGCGGAAUCUAAUGGGUAUGGGGGGCGACGAUGCCAUGGAGAUUGACGAGGACAGUGGCAACGGCAGAACUACCAGGGGCACGAAGAGGGGACCCGGAGGAUUCAGCUUCGGCAACUCGGGAAGGCGAUAA